AUGGCGGACGAUGGAGGACGCUACUGCGCAUCCAUUGGGAACAAUUCAGGGUUCAGUUUCUUGCCCAAGGACACUCCGACAUCCAGACUGGAGGAGCUGGGAAUUGAACUGUCUGGUUUUUCUCCAGACGUGACGCUUGGCAAUCUCUUGGUUUCAUCAGACCAGAGAAUCUUGUUUCUAAUGGUUUCCUGCUAUUUGAACAAAUCUUUUUUUUAUACUCCUUCACCUUCAUCCUUCUCUUUGUUUCCUUCAGUCCCUCCAACUCUGCUCCAGCCUCCUCUCCCUCUCUCCUUGCCGGUCCACAUGUCAGUCAUCCCUCCUACCUGGCAGUUCCUCCCUCUGUCCCAGGCAGAGCUGGGCCCUCUCUUCUCCAACUCCACCCCCUUCUCUUCCUCCCAGAGCAUUUUCAUGGUGCCCCCACCCAGCCAGUCUACCAGACCAGGCCUUCAGGCCUCAUUUGGCCCUUACUCAAUCACACAGCUCAUAUCAGAGCCUGCCCUCCCUCUGUCUCCUCCCUUGUCAGCCUCCCUUCUCUCAGAGCAUGUGGAGAAAGAUAGGGAUGACCAAGGGCAGGACACGUUCAGUGUGAGGGUUCUGUUUCACAAUCAUGGUGACACUAGCACCAGAGGGACCUGUAUUACCCUGCAUGCAUUCAAGGAGACACAGGAGCACAAAGCCUCUUGUAUCACAGAGCCUCCUCUAGGACUUUGCGUGAUAACUCUGACACUGCCCAGUGACUGGUUCAAAAAUCAACACACCAACCAAUCAAAUCAAGAUUUGGACAAGUGGAUCAGUAACAUUAAAUCCCGUCGGCGGGUGCAAAGGGGGCAGAGGGAUGGACAUCAUCACGGCACCGAAGGGGAUGUUCCACGGGCCCUCAGAUACCAACGAGGCCCUGCGAGAAACCAAAUACAGCUGUAUUACUCCUCUUUCGACACAAUGGACAACCGAAAGCUUACACAACCUGGAUGUGUAGAGGACAGAGUGGAUCAGUCUCAGAGGCAGCUGUUCCAUAUCAAAGCAGUGACCCUGAGGGAUGUGGAGGAGGAAGAGAAGGAAAGGGGGAACAGCAGGACCAAAGAAGAAGUAGCCUGUUUGAACAUGCAGGAGGAGGAAGAGCUUAAUUUGGACCCACAUGUCCUGAUUCGCUAUCACAGGGGGCCAGUCCUGAUAGGACAGCCAAUCAGGGUGUCUGUGAAUCUGAGAGCUAACUUCAGCUCUGAAUUUGUUGUCAUCAGGCUGAAGGUGAAAAAGGGAUUGGUGUCCAUGGUGGCCCAGCGAACUCUGACCUCUGAACUGUGGGCAGUGACCCUGGAAAGAAGCCAAGGCUCAAAACAUGAUGUGGUGUCCAUCCUCUGCCACAAACACAGCACAAUCAAACACAUACACAAUCCAGCUGUCCUCCAAACAGUGGUGUGUCUGUCAGUUGAUGGCCUGAGACGAAGUUUUGGUGUUGCAAUGACUGUGUCAGCUAACUGGUGGGUGGAGUACUCUGCGAGUAGUAACCCUACAUUGCCACAUGGGGCUGCAAUGAGUUUCUUCUCAUUCACUGAUCGACAGAUUUAUGGCAUUGCUCCCAUAACAGAGAGCAACACAAUCAUCAACACAGCAAUACUGACUAACCAGCCAGUGUCACUUCCUGUCAUUGUGCUGUCUAUAAGUCAUGAUGGGAAGGUGUCAGAUGUCACCUCUGCAGUCAUGUGUCACUCAACUAAUGAGAACAUUGUCAAGGUCUCCAGUGAUUGCUCCACCGUCUUUGUGGAUGGCAGUGAAUCAGGUGUGGGCAACACCUGUGCAGUGGUGGAGUUUCUACUGGGCGCACUCAGUGGCUCUCUGUGUCUAGAGGUGUGGGCUCCUUCGGUGCCUCUGCGUGUCUCCUUGGCAGACCCCAUUCUUAAUGCCAUCGAUGGCUGGCACCACUUCACAGACAAAGGGUGUGUGCCAGUUUAUCAGCGCUCCUCAGUCCAGGUUCUGACUCAGUUCACAGCUCAGGACUCCCAGAGCAGAACCACACACCUCCUUGGCUCAACUGAUUGGUUUGUGGAUGUGACAGAGCUGGUCCUUAACUGGCUGAGAGUAGAGGACCCGCGAGUAGCUUCUCUUGGCACCCAGAACAACCUGAUUGGUUUACGGCCUGGAAAGACAUCUCUCCAUGUCGUUUCUAAGCAUUGGGAUGGUGUGUUGGGCAGCUGUGACAUCAGUGUUACCUCUGACACUGUUUCCCCCGGUGACCUGUCUGUGCAGGUGGUCAGUGGCCUUGGCAUGUCAGUCAAGGCCAGCCCCACCCAUCCCUCUAUCAUCACAACAACAGUGACAGCCUACAACAUCCUCUACAACUAUCACCAGGAGGCGUCCAUCAGCAUUUGGCUCCAGUUCAGCGAUGACACUGCCUCCCUCCUCUCCUCCUUCAGCGACCUUCCCUUUUUCUUGCACCUCUCCUCAUUGGCUGAAACCGUUGUCGUGGUGACACCUGGCCCAAGCCAAUGCGUCUUUGCCCAGGGUGAUGGAGGAGGGCCUCUACUCCGUGCAGAGCUUCUGGUUUCAUCAUGUGUUGACCAGUCGACCUCUUCAAACUCUAUCAUUGAGGGCCAAAUGGAUAUGACAGACACUGGAGGAGGGCGUGGGACAAGGAAGCUGGCGAGGGGAUCUGGUUGGAUAAGAGUUAACUUGGACUUGGGCUCCCUCCAGCCACUAGGAAACAAAGAUAAAGCAGAAGAAGAAGAAGAAGAAGAGGAGUUUGACUUCGAUAUUUCAGACAUGCUGGUUGAGUCAGACAGUGAUGUCUACUCAUCUAACUUUGAUGAGGGUGGAGAAAAUGUAGAGAGUGAGAAUUUAAGCAGUAGUGAAUACUAUAACAAAAUUAGUGGGGGAAUGGUGAGUCGGAACAAUCUGGAAAGAGCUGUGCUGAUGCCAAGCCAGGAGGAGGGUACUGUGUAUUUCUCCCCAAGCCAGGAGAAAUCAGGAGAGAGAGAGGAGGAGGAUGAGCAGGGUGCUCGAGAGCUGGUGGUCGGCGUGGGCACCAUCCUUUCUCUGCUCUGUCUCUCUGCCGCCCUCUUCCUGGCAAACUGCCUCCCCUGUGCCCUCUGUGAAAGGAGGAGGAAAACAGUAGAGGAGGAGAGAGAAGAACAACAACUUGAAGCAGGCACAAAGGAAGAAGAGGAAGAGGAGCACAAGAAUAAAGAGGUAGACAGGAAGUUGGAGGACAGGAAGGAGACUGAAGGUGAAGACAAGCCAAAGCAGGAACAGGUGGAGAACAAUAAAGAAGACGUGAAAGAAGUAGAGAUCGUUUGCUGA